GCAGUAGGGCCAGCUAGUCCCCGACACGUCACCAGGUCCUUGCUCCUUGUAGAACCCAGACUGAUGGCCAGUCUGAAUGUGUCCCUCUGUUUCUUUUUUGCUACCUGUGCCAUCUGUGAGAUGGCUAGAAGGGCAUCUAAAGCCCUGCUCCCAGCAGGUACCUAUGCCAGUUUUGUCCGGGAGGCGGUGGGCACAGCCCAGUUGGCAGCCUGUUGCCUGGAGAUGCGAGUGUUGGUGGAGCUUGGCCCCUGGGCUGGGGGCUUCGGGCCUGACCUGUUGCUGACCCUGGUCUUUCUGCUUUUCCUGGUGCAUGGGGUCACCUUCGAUGGGGCCUCUGCCAACCCCACCGUGGCCUUGCAGGAGUUCCUCAUGGUGGAGGCAUCUCUGCCCAAUACUCUGCUGAAACUGUCGGCCCAGGUGCUGGGUGCACAGGCUGCCUGUGCCCUGACCCAGCGCUGCUGGGCCUGGGAGCUCAGCGAACUUCACCUUCUGCAGAGCCUCAUGGCUGUACACUGCAGCUCCACCCUGCGUACAUCCGUGUUGCAGGGCAUGCUGGUGGAGGGUGCCUGCACCUUCUUCUUCCACCUGAGCCUCCUCCACCUGCAGCACAGCCUUCUUGUCUACAGGGUGCCUGCUCUGGCCCUGCUGGUCACUGUCAUGGCCUACACAGCCGGGCCCUACACAUCUGCCUUCUUCAAUCCUGCCCUGGCUGCCUCUGUCACAUUCCACUGUGCUGGGAACACCUUGCUGGAGUAUGCCCAUGUGUACUGCCUGGGUCCUGUGGCAGGGAUGAUCCUGGCUGUCCUACUCCAUCAGGGCCACCUUCCCCGCCUUUUCCAGAGAAAUCUAUUCUACCGGCAGAAAAGCAAAUACCGAACUCCCAGGGGGAAGCUGUCCCCAGGUUCUGUGGAUACCAAGAUUCACAAAGGGGAGUAGUGGCAGUGGCAAAGGGCAGUAGCCACUGGGGUCCAGAUGAGCUGCCUUGCUCACCGGAGCUUCAGUCUCCUCCUAAGACUUCUGGUCUCCCCUCCACAAAAACAUUUGCCAAUAAACUAUGGUUAAGACC